AUGAAGUUAUUGUACGGCAAUUGUUCGGCAUCGGUGGUCACUGUUUCGGUAGCGAUGGUCAUAUUGAUGACCAUUACGGGUCUGGUCGACAGUAAGGCUACGACGACUGUGAAGAAGUCAAAGACAGCGACGACGACGACAACACCGAAGAUAACGACGACGACUAAGAAGAUGGCGACGACAUCACCGAAGAUAACGACGACGACGACGACUAAGAAGAUAUCGACGGCUAAAUCAUCUGCAACUGGAAAGAAGUCUUCGUCGACAUUGUCGACGACAGAAGAAGCCGAAACCGAUCAGAUACUAAAGGAAGUGUUCGGUAACGAAGUACUAGACGAAGGAGACUAUGUCUACAGGGAUAUUGUUGCCGACGAGUUUGCCCGCAAGGCUGCCCUAUCGUUGACCUACGAAGCCAUUAACGGCGGCGACGGUACAGCGGACAGCAAUACGACUAUCAUCAGUGUCGAUGUGGAAACAACGGCCAACAGUUCCGAUCAGUCGGACGACGAUACCGAUGCUGGUGUCAUGUUGAUGGCCGCCGCUGCUGUCGACAGUGCCCAUAGUACCAGUGCUGCUGCUGAUACUGAUGACAGUUCCCAUAGUACCAGUCCUACUACUACUACUACUACUACUGGUGGUGACAGUGCCGGUGACAGUACCACUGUUGCUGCUGAUAGUGCUGAGACUACCAGUGCUGCUGCUGCUGUUGAUGUAUUAUUGGUACCGUUGAUAGCAGUUAUUAGACCGGUUCAGCUGAUUAAUCCAGCACUGGGUACCGAUGCUGGCGGUGUAACCAUAAAAAACGGCCCUAAACCGGUCAGUAGCAUCAAAUUUGGCGAUGGAAAGGCAACCUACAUGAGCAACCCUGCCCUGGGUGCCGACGUUGGUAAUAAUGCUGGUUCUGUUAGUACAGCUGGUGGUGGUGCUGCUGGAGGUGCUGGCGGUGGUGCUGGAGGUGGUGCUGGCGGUGCUACCAAUCAGAAGCUAGAGAAACGACACGAUCCGGAGUUCGGUGAACUAAAAGUACAACAGUUGCCGAUUGUAUCGUUUUCGGCAGCAGAUGUCGGCGCCCAGCACUCGAUAGACGAAUAUCUAAGACACGUCGACAGGCACGCAGCCGCCGAACAGGCCCAACGAUCGGCUGCCCGACGGUACGAAAAGUGGAUGAAAAAACAACAAAAACUGGCCAGCCAGCAGCAGAAACUAUACCAACAACAACAACAACAAUACCAUAGUCAAAGUCAUCAGAUGAUGGACUCGGGCGCCGGCAGCGGCGGCGACAUUGGUUACGGCCAACACCAACAACAGGCUGCCAACUAUAACGGCGGCGGCGGCGGCGGUGACCAACAACAAGAAGAAAUUGAUGAAAAACCGUACGGCCAAGACUAUGUACCGUUACAGACGGCCAGUCCGAAUAUACCCCAAGAAGUUAUUGACUAUUUUCAAAAAUCGCACAAAAAUGAUCUCAGAUUGGCAACAGAGAUACAGCACCGGGAGGAUAGAAAACUACAAAAAGAUACCUAUUUUAAGAGAAAUAAGGCUAAACUACAUAGUGAUGGUGGUGGCAGCAAAUGGCGUACGGUUCCCGGUAGCGAAAAAGUUAGCAAAGAUGAUGGUAGCAGUGGUGGUGGUGGUGACGGUAAGGGUGACGGUAAGGGUGCCGAUGGUGGUGGUGGUGGUCCGGCUGACGAUGCUAUCAAAAACUAUAGUAUGAUACACAAAGAAGAUUUUGAAUCGGUCGGCAAACAAAAACGGGCCGGUCUUAAACACGGACAUCAACAUAAAAGACGUCAUCCCGACGACGAUGAUAGCGGUCUGGCAGCUACAGCUCCGUCCGCCGGCGAUGAAGAGGACAAACCAUUGAAGAUGAGUGCCAGUGAACUGAAGGAAAAACAUCAGAAACUAAAGGAAAAAGCUAAAGAAGUUAAGGAACGGAUGAAAACACAUCAGAUGCUGAAGUUGAGUCCCGAAAUGAUUGGACAGUCUAUUGGUAUAGAGGCAUCUGGAGGAUCCAGUUCCUCAUUACAUAUCGAUAAAUCCCGUAUGAAAAUCAUACCGAUGCCACACGGUCGACAGGGACUAGUCAAUAUGGAUGCCCAGGUGCUCGGCUAUCUGGAAUCGGGUAGGGCCCAGUUAGAUAUAGAGCAUGCUAAAAUUAUACCGAUGCCCGUAGUGGCCAACAGUGGCCAACAAAACAUCGGUUCGAGUAGUAAUGUAUAG